AUGUCAUCACCACAGGUGAACUAUCCUUGGAAGAAACCCACUCAACAUGAGCUUUGUUGUGGGUUUCGGGGACAAGUUUCCAACAAAACGCAUAAGAAGGAGACUUGCAAAGGUGGCUGGAAAUGGAAAGACUCCAACAAGCGUAACCGCAACACAAUCCAAGGUGCAAUGGUCGCUGCAACGGACAAGGAAGACGGGUUCGAAGAUGUCCGACCAUCAUCACAGCAGGAGCUUUGUUUUUAUAUCAGGAUCAUGAGUGACCAUACUUUGACUCAGCUGAUUGGGCUCUUGGAAACGUAA